AUGCCAGGGUCCUCUGGAAAAACAAAGAGGAAGAUCAGAUGGAGCAAACUGUAUUCUUUUGCAUGCUUGAGGCCUGUUACUGCUGAGCAUGAUCCUAGCCAGCAGCUUCUUGGUCAGCCGGGAUUUUCGCGGGUGGUUUUCUGCAAUGAGCCUCUGCAACACAAGGCUAAGCCUUACAAGUAUCCCAAGAACUAUGUUUCCACAACUAAGUACAAUGUUGUGACUUUUCUUCCAAAAGCACUUUUCGAGCAGUUUCGGAGGGUUGCCAAUCUUUAUUUUCUGUUAGCAGCUGCGUUAUCCAUCACUUCUUUGGCUCCUUUUACUCCAACAAGUUUGAUUGCCCCUUUGGUCUUUGUGGUGGGGGUUAGUAUGAUUAAAGAGGCAGUGGAGGAUUGGCACAGAUUCUUGCAGGAUUUGAAUGUGAACUCAAGAACUGUAAAGGCUCAUGUUGGAGAUGGCAAAUUUAUUGACAAAUCAUGGCAACAGCUUUCUGUAGGAGAUGUUGUUAAGGUUAACAAGAAUGAAUAUUUUCCCAGUGAUCUCCUCUUACUAUCUUCCAGCUAUGAGGAUGGCAUAUGUUAUGUGGAGACCAUGAACCUUGAUGGAGAAACUAACCUGAAAGUUAAAAGAUGCUCAGAAGCUACACUUGGCUUGAUCAAUGAUCAAGCAUUUGGUUUAUUCAGCGCUACUGUCCGCUGUGAGGACCCAAAUCCUCAUCUUUACACCUUUGUGGGGAAUUUAGAGUUGAAAAAUGAAUCAUUUCCCUUGUGCCCUGCCACACUUCUUCUAAGAGAUUCAAAACUUCGGAACACUGAUUAUAUUUAUGGAGUUGUGAUCUUCAGUGGACCUGACACAAAAGCAGUAAGGAAUUCAACAAGAUCACCAUCUAAGCGUAGUCUGAUUGAAAGAAAGAUGGAUCUUGUUAUUUACCUUCUCUUUACAAUGCUUCUCUUAAUUUCACUGGUCACUGCAUCCGGUUUUGCGCGGUUUCUGAAGUUUGAGAUGGUUAAGUGGUGGUAUCUUUCUCUCGAAGAUGAUGAUCCAUUCUUUAACCCAUCAAAGCCAGAGGUAUCUGGUUUCCUACAAUUCAUAAGGGCCCUUAUUUUGUAUGGCUACUUGAUCCCCAUUUCUCUCUAUGUCUCUAUUGAGGUUGUCAAAGUUUUACAAGCCAUGCUCAUUAACAAGGAUAUAGAAUUGUAUGAUGAAGUUACACGUAAGUCGGUUCAAACCCGGACAUCAAAUUUAAAUGAGGAACUUGGUCAGGUAGGGAUGAUUCUGUCAGACAAAACAGGAACUUUGACAUGCAACCAGAUGGAAUUUAGGAAAUGCUCUAUUGCUGGAAUUUCAUAUGGGGGUGAUAUAAAUGAAAUCGACCUGGCAGCAUCUAAGCGAAUGAAUGUUGAUGUUGGGUCUUAUCGUUUCAGUAUUGAUGAAUUUGAAACAGAAAGCCAAAGCUGUGAAAUGUUUGAGUUCUCAAAUGGGGACAUUAGCACUGAAAGAGCUGUUCUAGGAGGACAAAGACAUACGCAGAAUUCUAGUGCAGAAAAUUCAAGAAUCUCUUAUGUGGAGGAAGAAGCUGUCAUCAAGGGUUUCAACUUUAGGGAUGAUAGACUUCUGAACAAAAAGUGGAUUUAUAGGUCCAACUUAUCUGAUGUGACAAUGUUCUUUAGAGUCAUGGCUCUAUGUCACACAGGCAUACCUGUUGAGGAGGAUGAUCAAACUCAUAAGCUAAAGUAUGAGGCAGAGUCACCAGAAGAAGUAUCUUUUUUAAUUGCUGCACAAGAAUUUGGAUUUCAGUUUUUUCGAAGAAGUCAGUCUGUUAUGUUUCUUAGGGAGUUUGAUCCUUCCACUGGAAAUGAGGUUGAGCGGAAGUACAAACUUUUGAACCUUUUAGAGUUCUGUAGCGCUCGGAAGAGGAUGUCUGUUAUAGUAAGCAACGAAGAGGGUCAAAUCUUUCUACUCUGCAAAGGUGCAGAUAACAUUAUCUUUGACAGGCUUGCAGAAAAUGGAAGGACAUACCAACAGGCAACAACUCUACACCUUUCAAAUUAUGCAGAAGAUGGAUUCCGAACUCUGGCCUUUGCCUACCGGAAACUUGAGGUUACUGAGUAUGAACAAUGGAACUCAAUAUUUAAGGUGGCCAAGACCACAAUAGGUCCUGAAAGGGAAGAAAUACUAGAGAAAGCAUCUGAAAUGAUUGAAAAGGAUCUAAUUUUACUAGGGGUUGCUGCUGUUGAAGACAAGUUACAAAAAGGGGUUCCAGAAUGCAUAGAUAAACUUGCCCAAGCAGGGAUAAAAAUAUGGCUGCUCACUGGUGACAAGAAAGAAACUGCAAUAAAUAUUGGUUUCCAGGCGAUGAAAGAAGACAUUUUAAACCAACUUGAAAGUUUUCACAAAGUGAAGUCUGAAGAAGGUAAUAAAGAUGCACCCUUGGCUUUGGUAGUAGAUGGAAAAGCUCUUGAAAUUGCUCUGAGAAGUGAUGUGAAGGACCAGUUCUUACCGUUGGCUGUUAAUUGUGCUUCGGUUAUAUGCUGCCGGGUCUCUCCAAAACAGAAGGCUUUGAUUACACGAUUGGUAAAGGAACACACAGGCAGAACAACCUUGGCCAUUGGAGAUGGGGCAAAUGAUGUUGGCAUGAUUCAAGAAGCUGAUAUUGGAGUAGGAAUCAGUGGCAUGGAAGGAAUGCAGGCAGUGAUGGCCAGUGACAUCUCAUUGCCUCAAUUCCGGUUCUUGGGGAGAUUACUUAUAGUUCAUGGACACUGGUGUUACAAGAGGAUCUCAAAAAUGAUUCUGUACUUCGUGUACAAGAACAUCGCUUUUGGGCUCACGCUGUUCUACUAUGAAUUAUACACAAGGUUUGCAGGGGAGGUCUUCUAUGAUGACUGGUAUAUGGCCCUAUUCAAUGUGAUUUUGACAUCUUUGCCUGUUAUAUCAUUGGGAGUGCUUGAGCAAGAUGUUUCAUCAGAAGUGUGCCUCCAGUUUCCAGCUCUUUAUCAACAAGGACAGAAGAACAUAUAUUUCACUUGGAAGCGCAUUCUUGGUUGGAUAUUAAAUGGCGUGGUUGCUUCUCUAGUCAUAUUCCUUGCAAACAUAUACACUCUGUCCCACAAAGCAUUUCAGAAGAAUGGUGCUGUUGCAGACAUCACACACCUUGGUGCCAUGACAUACACCUGCAUAAUCUGGACCGUCAAUUGCCAGAUUGCUCUCAUCAUCAACCACUUCACUUGGAUCCAACAUCUUUUCAUAUGGGGCAGCAUCUUGAUCUGGUAUGUGUUCUUGUUGAUAUACGGUGCACUCCCUCCUGCCUACUCACAACGAGGAUUUCGGGUUCUAAUUGAAGCUCUAGGCCCUGCACCAUUGUACUGGACAGUCACAUUGUUUGUUGUAGUUGUUUCUCUUCUUCCCUACUUCAUCCACAUCAUCAUCCAACGGUCGUUCUAUCCACUUGAUGAUCAUGUGAUCCAAGAGAUGAAGUAUUUCAGGAAAGAUGUUGCAGACAAUCAAAUGUGGGAAAGGGAAAGAAGCAACUCCAUUAAGAUGACUCAGAUUGGAUUUUCUGCUAGGGUUGAUGCAAGAAUCCAUUUUCUAAAAGAACACUUGCACCAGAAGAAACAGUUGAUAUAUAGAUCAGUGACAAGCAGUCCAAUAUUUAAGUCACUGACAAGCAGCCCAGCCUAG